AUGGAAGAAUCACCAAGUAAAGCCCCUGCAAUUUCAGAAAAAUUAUCAAAUAUGAAAUUUAUGCAAAAUAAAAAAGAAGCAGCAUACAGGGAAGAAUUACAAAAAAAACUAGAACAAACCAUUAAGGAAUCACAUUGGGUAGUUAAAGGUUCAUUUGAUGGCGAAACAUUAAAUACAUGCAGUCAAAGUGAGGUAAUUGGUUUUAAAAGUGUUGGUAGAAUGUCGUUUGGAAGCUUUAAUUCGAAUCUCGAUAAAUUAAAUAAAGAAAAAAAAGUUCAAAAUCAACAAAUUGAAAAAACUAGACCUAAAGAUUUAGAAACAAAUAAUGUAGAAAUUAAAGAAGAACAACCAAAAGAAAAAAAACAGGAAGAAAAAGAAGAAAAAGAAGAUGUGAAAGUAGAAAAGCCACAAAUUAAAAAUAAUAAUAAAAUAUUAAAUAAACCAAAUAAUAGCGCUAAAAAGAAUAAUAAUAAUAUAAAUAAUAAAAACAAUAAUAAUAAUAAUCUAAAGAGAAAGAAUGAAGAGGUUGAAGAUAAACUUAAAAAAAAAAUAAAAAAAUAA